AGAUUCUCUUCACAACGGGAACAGAUGAACAUGGCCAAAAGGUGGAGGCUGCUGCUUCAAAAGCAAACCUGGAGCCGCAGCAAUUUUGCGAUCGAGUGUCCCAAAGCUUCAGGGCGAUGAAUGGCGUGUGCAACGUGCAGCCGUCCCGCUUCAUCCGGACCACAAGCCCUGAACACAAGCGAGCGGUCGACCAGUUUUGGCGAACCAUUGAGAGCAAAGGCCACAUUCGUCUCGGCAAGUACAAAGGCUGGUACUCGGUCGUCGACGAGGCAUUCUACUCCGCACAUCAGGUGGAGCCAGACCCAGGGAACCCAGCCAACAUGCGGGCCGUGGAGACGGGGAGUGCUGUGGAGGAGUACACGGAGGACAACUACAUGUUUAAUCUCAACGCCAUGAAGGGCAAAGUGCGCGAGUGGCUGCUCUCCAGCCCAACAACCGUGUACCCAAGCGUGUACCGGCAUCAGGUCCUGUCCUUCCUUGACGAUGCAGAUCUGCCCGACCUCUCUGUGUCAAGGCUCCGCAGCAGCCUCGCAUGGGGCAUCCCCGUCCCAACCAAUGAAAACCACACGAUCUAUGUAUGGAUGGACGCGCUCGUGAACUACCUCACUGCACUCGGAUACCCGGACCAGCUCACCGGCACCUUGGACACACACGUCAUCGGCAAAGACAUUCUAAAGUUCCAUGCCGUGUACUGGCCGGCGUUUCUGCUCGCUGCAGGCCUCAAUCCCCCGCGCCGCAUUCUCGUCCACGGACACUGGACCGUCGCCGGAGCAAAGAUGUCAAAGAGCGUGGGGAAUGUGGUUGACCCGCUGGUAGAAGCAGACGAUGUUGGCAGCGAUCUGCUCAGGUUUUAUCUUCUGAAGGAGGCACGACUCGGCAGCGACGCAGAUUUCUCGCACAAGCGACGGGACGCUGCCAUCUCAGAACUCGCAAACAACUUCGGCAAUCUGCUGUCUCGAAGCACGGGUAAGCGCGUGAAUCCAACAAAUACGUACCCACCCCUGGCUGACGUGAAGCUGACACAACGUGAACAGCACGUGGCGGAUGUAAUCAACAACACCCAACGUCGAGUGCAAGAGCUGUACGCAAGCGGCGAUGUGGGCCUUGGAAUCGAAGAAAUUUUGCACUGUCUUCGCGAGGGCAACAAAUACUUUCAAGAGAUGGAACCUUGGAAGCUGGCCAAGUUGAAAGAUGACGCCGCUGCGCAACACAGGCGCCUUGCGUGUCUCUACACAACGUACGAGCUUCUGCGCGUAGUAUCGCUGCUGCUGUGCCCCGUCACCCCAGCCAUCAGCGCCGCCUGCCUUGACAAGCUCGCUGUCGCCCCAAGCAACGGCUCGGCCUUCUGCCAAUCCCUCGCAUUCUCGUACAACAAAGGCGGACACGCGCUCAAGCCUGGCGCAAUCACCCUCAUCCAACGCAGAUGACGCGCGCGCACGCACACACACACACACACACACACACA